CCGCCAUCUUGAAAUGUAAAUGUUUGUUUCCUCUGAUUGACGUUUUAACUAAAGGUAGCAAUUUAUAUUUGUUCAGAUCUUGUCGUGCAUGAUGGAUCACAUAGUAGUACAAACGCUGGAAUAACAAAGUUUUCAACUGAUGGUAUGGAGCAGGGGUUCCCAUACGUUUUCACUCAGGCCUCCCUUCCUGAAUUGGGGAACAUCCCGCACCCCUCUUGUGCGCAUCACGUCUAUUUCUAUGGGCAUAAACACUGUUCAUGACUGAUUGUUCACGCCCCUCUUGUUGGCGGAGAGCAAAUGUUGCAGGUUUAAAGCUUAUUCCCUGCAAUUCUACACAUGUCAUGUAGUGCAGGUCCAGAAUGCAUAGUACUCGAUCCCUGUCAGUAUCAAGAUAAGAUUCAACCACCCUGGCCUCCUAACCUCCCCUCAUCCUCACUGCAGAUCUUCAAGCACAGACUAGGGUAAAUGCUGCUGGAUCUGGCGUAAUGAGGUAGAUGGGGGAAUCCAAGAACAUGGUGUUGAAUGGCAGGCGGCAUUGCAGCAGAUUCUCCAGUGAUCGAUCCAUAACCUCGGCCAGGUCCCUGCGACAGAGCAAGGGCUCCUUAAGAAGUAGGAGAUGUAGUCAACGUGUCAUCAGUUCUACCCUUGAGGCAGAGAGACGUCAUACCUCGUCGUCAGGUAUGACUCCAAAGGAACUCUGUGAGAAUGAUGACUUGACUACAAGUCUUAUUCUGGACCCCUACCUCGGCUUCCAGACCCAUAAGAUGAAUAGCAGGUUUCGACCCAUCAAGGACCGACAAGGACAUUUGAAGGAGGUGCUAGAGUGCUUUAAAAAACAUGAUAACCUCGAGAAGGCCUUCCAUGCCUUGACUGCUGGGGACUGGUCAAGACCCCACUUUCACCACAAGACGAAGGCUCAGGGCAAACUCUUCAAAGAGCAUGUUUUUGUUUACCUACGAAUAUUUGCAACUAACAGUGGGUUUGAAAUACUUCCCUGCAAUCGUUAUUCCUCUGAGCAGAAUGGAGCCAAAAUUGUAGCAACAAAAGAGUGGAAAACUAAUGAUAAGAUGGAAUACCUGGUGGGCUGCAUUGCUGAGCUAUCACAGCAUGAGGAAAGCAUUUUACUGCGACAUGGUGAAAAUGACUUCAGUGUGAUGUACUCCACCCGCAAGAACUGUGCUCAACUGUGGCUGGGACCUGCAGCCUUCAUCAACCAUGAUUGCAGGCCAAAUUGCAAGUUUGUUUCCACUGGGCGAGAUACAGCAUGUGUCAAGGUUCUGAGGGAUAUUGAACCUGGGGAAGAAAUCUCCUGUUACUAUGGAGAUGGCUUCUUUGGGGAAAAUAAUGAACUCUGUGAAUGUUACACCUGUGAAAGGCGCAGUGCUGGUGCUUUCAAACCGAAGACUGGGCAGUCUACGGCCACUCCUAUUAUCAACAGCAUGUAUGGCCUGAGAGAGACAGACAAACGGCUCCAUCGACUUAAGAAAUUAGAAGACAGCAAAUGCUCUGACAGUCAGUUGGACGGCUCUAAUAUGGAUCCAGACUCUCAGGAAAAUCGUGACACACAUUCAUCAGUAGGGAGGACAGCCUGUUCCAGUGUGACCAGGCUCAGUGACGCACAAGCCCUAAGCAGGCAAACUCUGUCCAAAAUGCCUAUGCCUACCUCAUCAUUCAAUCAAAGACACUCAAAGAACUCCAACGUGCAAGAGAGACGAAACUCAAAGUCCGUAAAGCCUUUGCACAAGCUAGGAAGAAGGUGUCAGGUAACUGCUCACAGGUUCCCCAUUGAGGUAGAAGCUAUGGGUUUGUGCCUUAAGGACCCCACAGAAUUAGUCAGUAACAGGGUCUCGCGAAAGAGUGCGAUGGAUAAGCAAGGACCCAAGCAAGUGGUGGGAACAAGGGGUUGUCUUGUGCACUACACUGUGAAGGAACACAUUCAGAACCCAAUGAAAGAUGGUAGUAGGUGCCCUGAUGGUUUAGCUUGCACUCACAGAACUCGCAGUUCAACCAGAGCAUCAGUUGGCACACAGGGGUCUGACAACAUUAAACUUGAACCAAACUGUGGUGUGGUUAGUAAGACCAAUCCUUCAGACCUCAGAGAGUAUGUCACAGAUGGUCACUGGAUAAUCAGCCCAAGCCUGGAUAUCAAGUGUCCAAGUGAGACCUGUCCCAGACAGAGGCAAAUGAUAAAUCAGGAGGAGCAGCACUCUUUCAGACCAGCAUCCCUUCUCCAGGAGGAGGUUCCAGGCCUGCACCAUGCAGCCCGUACCCCAGACAUAGCUGAAUGCAGGAAAGAGUUGCAAUGCCUGCCUGAUGGUCGUGAGUACUACAACAAUCUGUCUAAGGGAGACAAGCUUCUCCACCUUGGCAAGGGGAAGAAGAAACAGCAGAUUACGCGCUAUGAUUCCCAGCUGAUCCUAGCCAACAACAGCUCAGGCAUUCCCAAAUUAACCCUGCGGAGACGAAGGGACAGCGGCAGCAGUAGGAUUGAGCCUGGUGAGUCUGACCCUGUCAAGUCCUCCAGCUCCACAAAGACCAGCAUGAAAUUUGGGAAGAGCCAUCACCAUGCAAAGACAAAGAGGAGCUCUUAUGCAGCCAGAUGGAGUAAUGGGACUUUCAGUCCUGUGGACCACAUCCAUUCCUCCAAACAUGGCCUCAGUCCUGUGGAACACAUCCGCUCCUCCAAACAUGGCCUCAGUCCAGUGGAACACAUCCGCUCCUCCAAACAUGGCUUCAGUCCUGUGGACCACAUCCAUUCCUCCAAACAUGGCCUUAGUCCUGUGGAACACAUCCGUUCCUCCAAACAUGGCUUCAGUCCUGUGGAACACAUCCAUUCCUCCAAACAUGGCCUCAGUCCUGUGGAACACAUCCGUUCCUCCAAACAUGGCUUCAGUCCUGUGGACCACAUCCUUUCCUCCAAACAUGGCCUCAGUCCUGUGGAACACAUCCGUUCCUCCAAACAUGGCCUCAGUCCUGUGGAACACAUCCGUUCCUCCAAACAUGGCCUCAGUCCUGUGGAACACAUCCUUUCCUCCAAACAUGGCUUCAGUCCUGUGGAACACAUCCAUUCCUCCAAACAUGGCCUCAGUCCUGUGGAACACAUUCGCUCUUCCAAACUGAAGAUUCACCUGCAGCAUGAGUGGGACAGCAGGAGGCUCAGCCAGUAUUGCCAUGGUAGUGGGCCCUUCACAGGUAUAGUAGAGAGGGAGGCAGGGGAGGUCUUUGGGCCCACAGUAGCAACAUUUGGAAUGCACGAUGACACAGAGGAAGACUCGUCCUCUUCAGAAGAAGAGGAUGAAGAUGCAUCUGACCAUGAAGAGUUUGACGAUGAUUUUAUUCCACUUCCACCAACAAAACGCCUCCGGCUCAUUGUUGGUAAAGACUCUAUAGAUAUUGAUAUCGCAUCAAGGAGACGUGAAAAUCAGUCACGAACAGUCAAUCCAUGAGCUCUAUGGGUCUUCAUUUGUUAUGUCAAUAAAAGUACAAUCACAUGCUGUUGUAAAAUGUUAACUAUUUUUGUACAUGGUGGAACUUGGUUCGUUAUUCAUAUUGUAGAAUGUGUACAUUUUACAUGGCAUACAAUGUGUAGGCAAUUAUUUUUAUAUCUUCAGCUUUAUUUUGUACAAUUGUUAAUUAUAUUUAAAGCAUUUUCUAGUUUGUGUUGGUAAACAUGCUAAAUGUUGCUCCACUGACAUCGCAAGAAUGGAACCUUUUGGGAACACACUGCAAACAAAAUGUGCUUUUGUCAACAUGGCAGUGUAUACAUGCAUAUAAAAUAAUAUGCAUUUUAUAUAUUGUUUUGAGAGCUUUUAAAAGGAACAGAAUUCUUGUUUCUUGCUGGAGGCAUGUGAAAAUGUUUGACUUCCAGUGAUUCCUGGGAGCUGGUCUCUGAUGUUUUAGUCCCGUUGUAAUCACUCAUUCCUUAAUCAAAAUGUGUUGGUGCUUGCAUAAUGAUUCUAUUUGUUAACUUUUUAGUUUGUGCAGAUGUGGUUAUUUUGGAUGUUAUUUUAUUUUUUGAUCACAUUUUUAUUUUUCUAUUCAUUUCACUCAAUUCUCGAACUGUAUAAUUUCUCAGUCUUUAUUUAGCAAUCACAAAUUCAGAACUUACUUGGUCUGGCUUAGGUGGUGUGGAUAUUCAAACACUUUUCUCACUUUGUUAUUUUGUUCACCAUUUGAUCAUCAGUUCACCUGAAUUACUUUGUCUGCUGUGUCUGAAUGGUGUGGUGCAUGUCUCAACUUUUUAAAUUGCUCUUUAUAUACUGGACCAGUCAAGUUUGGACACACCUACUCAUUCCAGGGUUUUUCUUUAUUUUAUUUUUAGCGGCUCAAAUAAAUGCUUCACAGAGUUCAAGUAACAGACACAUCUCAACAUCAACUGUUCAG